AUGGAUCAUGAUCUCUUAGGACUUUCUUCACUCCCCGGUGCUAAGUUCUCAGAGCCUCAGGUUAAAUGUUACAUGCAACAACUUCUAAGUGGGCUUGAACAUUGUCACAGCCGUGGUGUUCUUCAUCGAGAUAUAAAAGGCUCAAAUCUUCUGAUCGACCGUAAUGGAGUCUUGAAGAUAGCAGACUUCGGGUUAGCAACUUUCUUUGACCCUGCCAAAACUAUACCAUUGACUAGCCAUGUUGUCACUCUUUGGUACCGACCACCAGAGCUUUUGCUUGGAGCUUCUCAUUGCGGUGUUGGAGUUGAUCUUUGGAGCACAGGUUGCAUCUUAGGUGAAUUAUAUGCUGGUAAACCGAUCCUACCUGGAAAAACCGAGGUAGAACAGUUGCAUAAAAUCUUCAAGCUAUGUGGUUCACCAUCAGAAAGUUACUGGAGAAAACAUAACUUACCGUCUUCAGCUGGAUUCAGAAGUAGGGUUCCUUAUAGGCGGAAACUAUCACAGAUGUUUAAGGACUUUCCCACGAGUGUUCUUUUGCUUUUAGAGACUUUACUCUCUAUAGACCCUGAUCACGGGAGCUCUGCAGAUAGUGCCCUUGAGAGUGAGGUUACUGGAGGCAGAGGUAUCCGCUUUGUGUUUGCGAAUAUCCCAUGA